AUGUCCUCCUCGACGCAAACCCCUCAACAGCUCUAUGAAGCUGAAAAGGCUCGAAGCAAGGUACUCGACAAGAAGAUCGCUAGGUUGGAAGCCGACAUCGAGAGAAUCGAUAGCUUAGAAGUGGAGCUUGAGCUCAAGGACGAGGAACUUCAAGCCAAGGAUGCUACCAUUCAAGAGCUUCAGACAGCCUUCGACGACGCUGACCGACCUAGAACCCAUGGUGACGACAAGAAUGUCGAAGAACUACAAGCGAGGAUCAGGUCUCUUGAAGGUCAGAUCAUGGACCUGGACCAGAAGAUCAAAGACGCGGUACGGGGUGACUGGGACAAGGUCAAGCCAUACCUCGACGAGGCUCUCCAAAGCGGCAUGGACGCUGCGGAUGAACGAAGAAAGGCAUGCCAGACAGAGCUCGCGAGCUCCAAAGAGGAACUCGGGGAGCUUCGAGAGUUCAACCAGGUGCUAUUGAGAGAACUCGAUUGUCUGUUAGCUGAAGCUGACAACCAGGCGGACAUUCAGGCGUCGAGGAGUCGGAAAUUCAUUUCGUUGGGACAGCAAGUGCAAGAAACGAAUCAUGCGCUCAUUUCGCUGGCAGAACGAGAGAAAACUGAGACCGACUCUCCUUCCAAGUUUACAAAUGCCUCUCGUCUGAUACGGAAAAGACUCGGCGCUGCCAUAGACAAGGCGAAACCCUUCACCCAAGGCCUCAAACAAGGAGUCCACAAAGGACUUGCAGCCUCAAGCAAUCCUUUCGCCGCGCUGGCUGACGAUGAGGAGCGGACCCCUAAGUCCGCUGCCCAGGCAAAGAACUCUACGGACAAUCGACAACCUUCUCCAAGCCGGCCGAUCGCCAACGAAAAUGCUGAGAAGCGGGACCAGAAAGCUGGCAGCGCAAGGCCAGUCCGAAAAGAGUUUAAAUACUCAAGGGCAGUCAAGCCCCCAGCAGGUCGGACACAAAGACCUUCAUCAAAGUCCGCGCCGCCUACAAAAAAAGAAGUCUUCCCGAACUUCCCGCUCAACCCAGCAGCCCCCUCCUUCGCACCAAAGUCCUCGAGAACGAUGGCGCAAGUGGCAAUCGACCCGCCGAUGCUCGAGAAACCGGCGGCCACGAACCUUAUAGAAGAUUUCCUGAACGGGACGUUUUCGGAUUCGGACGAGUCGUCGGAUUCGGACGAGCCAAGACAAAAGUCGAGGAUAUCGGACAGGAAGAAGAUGCAGGACGCUGCGGCAGGGAACGUCGUCGAACCUGGGAAGCGGAAACCCCGGGUUCCGGAGCCGAAGCCGGCCCCGCAAGUCAUUGAGACUGGGAGGCCGAAAGCCAUGGGUCCAAAGACGGAGUCGAGGCCGGCCCCGCAAAUCGUUGAGACUGGGAGGCCGAAGCCCAUGGGUCCAAAGACGGAGUCGAGGCCGGCCCCGCAAAUCAUUGAGACUGGGAGGCCGAAAGCCAUGGGUACAAGACAGGCAGACCUUGGCUCCUGCUUGAGGACUGGAGCACCAAUAGACUAG